AGUAGUGGCGAAGGAAUACGAGGAAACCCGGAUUCGCGUGCAAACUCAGUGUGAAUCGUGCUCCGCACGAGUGUUCGUCCAGUCUGGUCGGAAGGGUGGUGGAACUUAAUCGCGGGAGAACAUUGGGCGCCUACACAUAAGGAAAAAUGACGGAAAGACAACCGCUUUAUAAAUUGAUCUACUUUAACGCUCGUGGUCGUGCCGAACAUAUCCGCUACAUAUUUGCAUAUGCUGGCAUUGAUUAUGUCGAUGAGAGAAUCCUCAAAGAAUGCUGGCCUGAGUUAAAAAAAUCAAUGCCUUAUGGAAUGCUGCCAGUGCUGGAGAUAAAUGGGAAACCGAUAGCGCAGAGUAACGCGGUAGCAAGAUACUUGGCGAGGAAACAUAAUCUAACCGGUAGGGACGAAUGGGAGGCAAUGAUGUGCGAUGUACUCGUCGACACUCUUGGAGAUUUAAAGCAAUUUAUAUCUCAAUAUCGUAUCGAGGAGGAUCUCUUCAAAAAAAAGGAGAAGAAAAUGAAAUUGCUGAAGGAAACAAUACCAUUUUAUUUGAACAAGUUUGAACAGAUUAUCAGUGAAAAUGGAAGUUACACCGUUGGCACGACCACGACAUGGGCAGAUUUUGUCUUCGCAGUAGCCCUUGAAAAUUUCGAGAAUAUUUUUGGAACAAUGGCUUUAGAAAAUUAUCCAGGUCUUCGUGCAUUGAAAAAGAGAGUUCACGAAAUACCUAGUAUUGUUAAUUGGCUAUCUAAACGACCACACACGGAAUUUGGAAGAGUCCUGCUGUUAUUUCAUUUUACGAAUCUCAUUAGAAAUUUUUAUCUUUACAGCAAAAUGUCUACCUACAAAUUGACUUACUUCCCAGUUAAAGGAUUGGGUGAACCAAUUCGUUUUCUCUUAAGCUAUGCUGGAAUUUCAUUUGAAGAUGAGCGUUUUGAUAGAGAUGACUGGCCAAAGAUAAAGCCUACUACUCCUUUUGGUCAAGUUCCUGUACUUGAUGUUGAUGGGAAAAAAAUAGCUCAGUCAGUAGCUAUUUCUCGUUAUUUGGCAAAAAAAUCUGGUUUAGCUGGAAAAGAUGAUUGGGAAGCUCUAGAAAUUGAUAGUAUUGUUGAUACUAUUCAUGAUGUUCGUGCAAGACUUGCUGCUUUCCACUAUGAAGAAAAUGAAGAAAUCAAAGCUGCGAAACGUAAAAUUGCUGAUGAAGUAGUACCAUAUUAUUUGGAACGUUUAGAUGCUCAAGUGAAGAAUAAUGGUGGCUACUUUGUUGGUGGUGCUCUUUCUUGGGCUGAUUUAUCAUUUGUUGCUUUGCUCGACUAUUUAAAUUUUAUGAAUGGAUCCGAUCUCAUCGAGAAAUAUGAUAAUCUGAAGCAGUUGAAAGAAAAAGUUCUCAAUCUACCUGCUAUUAAGAGCUGGCUUGAUAAGCGUCCACAUUCUGAUUUCUAAAUUUUUCAUUUCUUGAUUACUUUCUGUUCUAUAAACAUUUUAAGUUUGCGAUCUAAAUUUCUUAAAAAAAAUGGAUCGCUUCAAUUGCUUUCAUAAAAAUGUUAAUUCUUGUACGGAAUAUAUGAAGAUGCUUUUUUAACAGCUUAGUUUCAGUUAUGAGCAACGUUUUUGUCAGUUAAUUAGAGCUUUUUUUUUAGAUCGCAUCGUUAAUAAAUGGUUGAUCCAUUACAAUAAAAAAAUAUAUAUUUGUAUCUUUACAAAAAUACAUUAUAAACUGUUUAAACUAUGUGCUUUUGUAUUACAAAUAAUAUAAAUAAUAAAGAAGUUAUUAUAUAUUA